UUGGGUUUUCUCGUGGGGAUGGAAAAUAAAAAGAGAUCUGAGAGGCAUUGGCAUUGCACCGAGUCAGUCAGAGAAAUGGCGUUGGAGGAGUGGGGAAAGCUAGAGGGAAAAGUGGUGAUGGUGACUGGGGCUUCCUCAGGCCUUGGUCUUGACUUCUGUCUCGAUCUCGCUAAAGCUGGCUGCAAGAUCAUUGCUGCCGCUCGACGUGUUGACAGACUCCAAUCACUCUGUCAUCAAAUCAAUCACCUCUCUUCUUCAAGCUCCCCAAGAGCUGUGGCUGUGGAGCUCGAUUUGUGCGCCGAUGGUCUCACUAUUGACAAGUCCAUACAAAAGGCUUGGGAUGUGUUUGGCCACAUCCAUGCCUUGGUCAACAACGCUGGAUUUAGAGGUACUAAGAAAUCACCAUUAGAAUUGUCUGAGGAGGAAUGGAAUCAUGUUAUCAAAACAAACUUAACAGGAACCUGGUUGGUGUCAAAAUACAUUGGCAUACGCAUGCGUGAUGCAGAGCGGGGAGGAUCAAUCAUAAACAUAUCUUCUAUUGCUGGUCUUGACCGUGGGCAAUUGCCUGGAGGUGCUGCCUAUGCUGUUUCAAAGACAGGCCUAAACACCUUGACAAAGGUCAUGGCCUUGGAAUUGGGUGUAUAUAAAAUUAGAGUGAAUUCUAUAUCACCUGGCCUUUUCAAAUCUGAGAUUACUCAGGGUCUUAUGGAAAAAGAAUGGCUGCAUAAGGUGGCAAAGAAAACUGUCCCUUUAAGAGAAUAUGGCAUCACAGAUCCGGCACUGACAUCACUUGUUCGAUACUUGGUACAUGAAUCUUCUGAAUAUGUUUCGGGCAACAUUUUCAUUGUUGAUGCUGGUGAAAGCUUACCAGGUGUCCCUAUUUACUCUUCCCUUUGAAUGACAGUGAGACAUAACUGUCUUAUCAAGACAAGUGUUAAUAUUCUUGCUGCAAGCUGUUCUGUGCAGUGUGAUACCUGCCAUUUUCACUUAUAUCUAUGAUUUUAAUGUUAUGUGAUCAUAAGCUUAGCAACAUUGAUUCAAAUUGUUACUAAAAUUGCAAUUUCCUAGUUUCAAGAAGCUCAAGAGGAUUGAAAUC